CUUUCUCAAUUCUGUUCAACUACCACUGCUAUAAAGGUAAAGGGCUUUGACCAAUUAAUAACGAUUCGUUUUGACAUUGUCACAGGGAGUCGACAGCGUAAGACUGAUUGCCAUGAAGUUCCUCUGUAUCUUUUUCUUAGGUUUUGCGGUCGCCCUAAGCCAGGCGCAAGAUGAAUCCUUCCCUUUGCCCUAUCAAAACCGGUUCCGUCGUGGUGCGGCGGCAUCGCCGGCCUCAGCAGGUGGCUACAAUAUCGGUAACAAAGGUUCAACUUACAGCGUAUCUUCGGCACUAGGAGCAUACAACACUUUCACCGGGAACAUCGGUGUUCAGGGAGCGUACGGUGCUGCCACAUACGAUUUAGGGGCUGCUUUGGGGGCCUUCGGUCCUUAUUUGAAUGAAGGUGGAGGUGGCGGAGGCAGCGGGGGCAAUUCGUACGGAUACGGUGGCUCUUUCUUCAGCAAUAAAUAUUAAAUACCACUUACCUUGCGCCGGACGCAACAUCCGCCUACUUUAUGUUCUGAAACAUUUGUUAUCUUCCCUCACAUAAGUUAAGGGAUUCGUUCUUUUGGCCACGGGUUCCGACUUUUUUACACCAUAUUAAAUAAAUGAAGUAUCCAUUG